UUUUGAGUUACCAAUACAGCGAUCAAGUUGAAAUUGUCAGUCUCAACUUGGCUUGCUUAGCAGACGGCUGUGUUCAUUGAACAACGAAGAAGAAAACUAAAAUUUAGAAAUUUAUCGAUAAAUAAAACGAACCAAAACGAAAUUACCAUAGAACAAAAUAUAGAAGAAAAGCUGAAAAAUAUUAAGACAAAGCGAAUGUAUCUUUUCGGUGAUUUAUAAGAAAUGCAUUAACCAAAAAAAAAAAAAUAAUUAAAGCUUAAAUCAUACGUUUCCAGUCAGUGAAAAUAAUUAAGCCAAUGUGUUCAUAAAAACAAACGAAUAAACGGGCUAGGCCACUGAUAUACCAAAAAACACACCAGCAUAAAAAUCGAAACUUAAUGCGAUAAGUGUUUGUUGUUGUUAAAAUCAAAAAUCAAUAUUGCGACAUUUGUUUUCCAUAAAGAUAUCAAAAACAAAAAAAUUGGUUAACAGCCACAAAUUGGUGAUCGGUUAUCUUCUGCUAUUGACUGAGUUGUGUUUUUCCUGCCAUCUACCUCCACAACACGCACUUGAGACUUUUUUCCAUUUUGGUUAUUAGUUGCGAUUUUGCAUUCUUUCAAGCGGAUUCUUGGCAUCACAUUUCUCAACGCUUCAGUUCCGGGGUUUUUUUUUUGUGCCAAUUGCAUUACAAAAAAUAACAAAAACAACACCUUGACAGUUUCUCCCCAAACGUUUUGUAGAUAAAUUUUUUCAAAUUGGCUCCCCCUACAAAUAUUAAUUAUAAUAUGGCUGUCAUGACAGAUCAUGACAGGACUCAUAAGCUGGAUAUAAAAACACCGCCCAGCAACAUGACCAAAGAUGGCAAUGAUGCCGGCACCAUAGCUGAAUUUUUUGCUCACAAAAAUAUCUUCGUAACUGGUGGCACUGGAUUUUUGGGCACUGUACUAAUUGAGGCCCUAUUGGAUUCUACCCCUGAUAUUGGUACCAUUUAUCUGUUAGUGAGAGGCAAAAAGAAUUGGGAUCCCAAUCAACGUAUCAAGAGAUUAUUGCAGAAACCGAUUUUCGAAAAAUAUGAUGAAAAAACUCUGGCCAAAGUCAAGCCCGUGGUGGGUGAAUUAAGCGAAGCCAAUUUCAAUUUCGAUGAUGAACUAUUGCAAGAACUUAUUGAGAAUGUCAAUAUCAUAUAUCACAGUGCGGCCACCAUACGUUUUCGUUCGCCUCUGAGAACAGCGAUAAGGACCAAUUUGACAGGAACCAUGCGCACCAUAGAACUGGCCAAAAAACUAAAAUGCCUUUCAGCCUAUAUCUAUUGUUCCACGGCAUUUUGCAACAGCAACAAUCGUGGUCUAAUUCUCGAAGAGGUGUACAAAUCUCGCUGCGAUCCCUAUGAAAUGAUGAAAUUGGCGGAAGAUGAUGCCUAUUGGGAAAAUUUUACCCAGGAGAAGACAAAGGAGUUUACCAAUGAUCACCCCAACACAUAUACAUUUACCAAAAAUCUUUCGGAAAAUUUGCUUAUGGCAGAAAUGAAGAAUAUGCCAGCGGCCAUAGUCAGGCCAUCGAUAGUGUAUGGCACCUGGGAGAAACCUGUACCCGGCUGGGUGGGCAAUGCCAAUUCCGGUCAUUUAGGCUUUUUGGCUGGCUUCAUCAAGGGCAUUUUCCGCACCAUGAAUGGUCGUGCUACCGCUGUCAUUGAUAUCAUACCCUGUGACUAUGUUAUCAAUUCAUCUCUGGUCAUGGGCUGGUAUGUGGGUACCCGCAAAAUUGAACAACCCGAAGUCAUACAUUGCACCUCGGGUGAGGUGAACCCUUUGACACUGUCGGAAUUCUGUGAUACCAUCAAUAUGACUGUGCAAAAACACCCGCCCAACAGUUUUGUAUGGAAACCAAAGGCCAUAUUGCGCAAUGGCUGGCGCUAUAAUUUAUUCUUUUAUUUAUUCCACAUGUUGCCCGCAAUGGUGUUUGUUAUACCGGAGAAAUUGUUUUCCGUAGGCAUGCCACAGCAUACAGUCUAUGAAUAUAUGCGAGUUUUCCACAGAGGUACCAAAGCUUUCGAUUAUUUCUUGGGUAAAGAUUUCCGUUAUGAUCUGAAAAAUGCCUUGCGCAUUAUGAGUGUUAUGCAUGAGACCGAUCGCAAACGCUACAAUUUCGAUUCUAGUCAAUGUGAUUGGACGGAAUUUCUGGCUCGUGUGCUCAUUGGCAUACGUCGUUUCUAUUUCAAGGAAUCGGCUGAGACCACAGCCUGGCAUCGAAUGUAUUGGAAAGUCUUUGAUUUCCUGUACUAUGCCGGUUUUGUAGUGUUAUUCUUGAUAUUCUUUGUCAUCUUUGGUCUAUUGCUGGGCCUUAAAGUUGGCUUAGCUGUGUCUCUUGUAAUAUGGGCUUUUUUGGUGUGGUUAUAAGAUAAAACACUUUCUUUGGAUGCAAUAUGCACACAUGCACAAACCCUCACACAUAUACACAUUUUAUCAUACAUCAGCAACACACAUGCACACAAAAACACUAACCCAUUCAUAUACAUACUACACAAAACAUAACUUAGAUGCCCUUAAUAUUUUAUUUUAGUAAUAAUAUUUUUAUUUUGUUUUUCGUUUUGAGUUUCCCUGUUUUUGUUUUUGUUUUCUUCCCCCACAUUCCUUUCCACCUCUUUACAAAAAGCCCCAAAUAGACCUUUAAAUCUAUUGAACACAAACACACACAUUUUGUAUCAUGAUGCUACCUCUUAUUUUGUUUUAAGGAAAAAAUCCAUGAGCAGCAUUUGUUUCUUAGUUUUUUUUAAGCAAAAUAAAAAUGUUCUUUCAUCUCUAUCCCAAAUCUUAGGCGGAGACUAGCAGAAAAGUAGUUGAGAAUAUAAGUGAAACCAACUAAAAAUAGUUUUAAUUCUAGUUCUUUUAUCUAAUAUUAAACCAAUAAAAUUAUUUAUCCCUAUCACUCUAUUGGCUAUAAAAAGCUAUUUGGAAUAUAUAUUUCGAUUUAUGCAUAAAUAUUUUUAAUUUAAGUUUAUUUUUUGGUAUG